AUGCAUAGGCAGAAGAUUGCAAACUCUGGGUGGGCUGCGUUUGAUCGCAAGUGGCGCAGCGCAGAUGGCAGUGGGGAUGAAGGUGAUGCUGAUUCAUUUCCGGCUCUCUCAAGUUUUGGAGCCCCCAAUCUUGCUAGCAGCUCCAUUACAGAAAAGAAUGGGCCGAAAGCAAAGCCUUUUGCUUCAGUGGUUCGCCCUUCUGUUGAUUCUGGAGCUGUUAGUAAUGGACGCGGAAAUAAGAUUUCUGCUAAUCAUGUGGAUAAUGGGAAUCACGGUGCAAUCUCUGCAUCUGUUAAUAAAGUUGAGCUCUUGAAAGAUGCACACAGUUGGGUCGACAGUAAUUUAAUCGAGGAUGUACUAGCUGCUGUAAAUAAUGAUGUCAGCCAAGCAUCUGAUUUGUUGAAAGCUAUGGUCUCUCCUGACUUGCAGACUGGAGAGGGCAGAACAUCUGGCCAUCCUGCUGCUGUGAUGAAUAAAACACAUGGAUUACCAUCAGAAAGUUCUGCAGCAGGCAAUGCAAAUCCAGAUAGCUCACAGUUGUUGCUGCCACCGAUGAAUUUUCCCUCUAUACCCUUGCAGCCUGAAUCCGAAGAGAUUGAUGAUGAUUACUUAAACUACCGGAAAGAUGCAUUGAAGAUGAUGAGGGCUGCCACAAAGCAUUCCCAGUCUGCCAGCAAUGCAUUCUUGAGAGGUGACCAUGCUGCUGCCAAGGAACUCUCUCUCAGAGCUCAGGAAGAGCGGGCAGCUGCUGAAAAGCUGAAUAACAAGGCAGCGGAAGAAAUAUUUCGGCUUAGGAAUAGCAAUAAUGACAUCUGGAAGAUAGACAUGCAUGGUCUUCAUGCAUCAGAGGCUGUGGCAGUAUUGGAGAGGCAUCUCCACAUGAUAGAGUUCCAGCAGCCUGGGAAUAAGUCAGCUUCAACUGAGGACUUAGCUAAGUUGGAGUCUGAAUCAACCACUGGUUCAAACAUUGAGCUUGCCACUGAGAAGGUGGUCUUACGCCGGCCUAAGCAGUCUAUCUUACAUGUGAUCACAGGGAUGGGUAACCAUAGCAAAGGGCAGGCUUCACUGCCUGUCGCCAUUAGGGGCUUCCUUAUUGAGAACGGGUAUCGAUUUGAUGAACUGAGGCCUGGUGUUUUUGCGGUUCGUCCGAAAUUCCGCCGCAGAAUUGGGUUGCCAUUGCUAAUAACCAGUCUUUUUUACUGUGUGAUUCCUCUAGAGGCUCUGCUGAGGCUUUGUGAUUUACUGGCAUUUCAUUGGCUCUCCAAGCUCCAAGCAUUUUGCUUUCAAGCAUGGCAUUCCUCGUGCCCUGUCAAUUGUGAACAGAAAUCAACUUGUGAUGUCUUAGAUCUUGAGCUCGAGGGACAUCCACCUUCAAAAGUUGGCUUCCGAAGCUUGGCGCCACGAUUAAAGGUCAAUGCACUUUUUGGGUGGCCUAAGGGAGACACGACAACACGUCAACCGAUCCCUCCUGCUGAAUCAUAUAUGCUCUCAGGGUCAGCCUCAGAGGUAGGUACGAAACCACGUGAGGUGUCUAUUUCUGUUGCUUCUUCUAUCAUGGACAUUCCUGCUGCGGAUUGGGAUGCCUGUGCGUGUGAUCCAGAUGAUCCUCAAAACUUUAACCCUUUCCUUACUUAUGCAUUCCUCUCAAGCUUAGAAGAAUCAGGUUCUGCGGUAAAGGAAACUGGCUGGUUACCUUUCCAUGUUGUUGCACGGGACGAGAACGGACAUGUUAUAGGUGUUGUUCCACUUUACCUUAAAAGCCAUUCUAGAGGAGAGUUUGUGUUCGAUCAAUCAUGGGCAGAAGCUUACUACAACUAUGGCCUUGAAUACUAUCCAAAGCUCCAGUCUUGCGUGCCUUUUACUCCAGUAACGGGUCAAAGAAUAUUACUUCGAAAUACAUCAUACCGUGAUCAAGUUUUUGAUGCACUAGUCAAAGGUUUGAUGAGCCUGACUACCAAGAUGAACGUGUCAUCAUUACAUAUUACUUUUCCGUCUCAAGGUGAAUUCAGCAAAUUGAAGGAUAGUGGGUUGUUACAAAGAAUUGGGUUGCAAUAUCACUGGAGAAAUCGGAAUUACAAGAGUUUUGAUGAGUUUCUGAUGGAUUUGAAGCAGCCUAAACGGAAGAAUAUCAGACAAGAACGUAAAAAGAUUCCUGCUCAAAAUUUGCAAAUGAAGCGACUUCGUGGAGAUGAAAUAAAGAGCAGCCACUGGGACGCCUUCUAUAAAUUCUACCGUAACACAACUGAUAAUCAUUGGGGCAGACCAUACUUGACAAGGGAUUUCUUUCACCUCUUGGGAGAAAAGAUGGGGGAGAAUGUGAUGCUUAUUGUUGCUGAAAAAGAUGAUAAAGUUGUUGCUGGAGCUCUUAACCUUAUUGGAGGUGAUACACUGUUUGGCCGGUUAUGGGGAUGCCUGCCAGAUGCUUACUUUCCCAAUUUGCAUUUUGAAGCUUGCUAUUAUCAGGCGAUUGAAGCAGCCAUAGAGUUAAACUUGAGUAAGGUGGAGGCAGGUGCUCAGGGAGAGCACAAGAUCCAGCGUGGUUACCUCCCAGUGACAACUUACAGCUGCCAUUACUUUUCAAAUCCUGGUUUUGCGGCAGCUAUUGGAAAUUUUCUUACACAUGAGACAGCUCAGGUUAAGCGUGCUAUUAAGGUCCUUCAUGAUUCGGGUCCAUACAAGGAAGACUUACUGAAAGAGUUUGCAGCUCAACAAGGCGUCGACCUGUAG